AGCUCCUGCAACUGCACCACAUUCCCUGUACUAUUCUUCCAAUCCACCACAUGCAGUCACUGUAAUGUGGAGUGAACCUGAAACACCAAAUGGAGUUAUUAGAUAUUACAUUGUUGAAUACAUGCUGUCAGAUGGUACUGGAAACAGAACACGUUUUAAUUUUGUGAAAGAGCAUAGUCAAGAGAUUGGUGGUCUAAUACCUUCAACAAAUUAUAAUGUCACAGUUCAAGCUUUCACAGUUGGUCUUGGACCAGCAGCAUCCAUUACUGUUAUGGCAGCUGCUAUAACACCAGCGCCACCUCAAAAUUUGAGAAAUUCCAAUGUGACAGCAAGCUCAGUUACUCUACAAUGGGAGAGGCCUAUUAGCUUUGAUGGUGCUUUUCAAUACUACACUGUUUACAACAGUAUUGGUAAUGCUUCGUACAGCAAGAGUCCCGACAUUGAGAGUCGUGAAAACCUAUACACCUUGAAGGGCCUCAAACCAUAUACUGAGUACAGGGUAUAUGUGACAGUAACGAAUAACGCAAAGUCCAAUCCAGAAAGUUCCCCUAGUAACAUGAUUAUAGUGCGCACACUGGCAGCUUCUCCUCAGAUACCAGACAAACCUUUACCUAGUAAUGUUGCAUCAUCAACGUCAUCUGUAGUAUUUGUACCUCCUACUGUGAAUGAUGAAAAUGGUCCAAUAGAAUAUGUUGAUAUUAUUGUUUAUGAGGGUACCACUGGAUCUAAAGCUCCUUUGGUAUCUGAUGUACCACGUACUGUUGGACCGUAUGAGCAAGAGGGCACAGACAACACAUGGUAUGUAACAGCUCGAUACAAUUACAUGAUUUACAGACAGAACAUACAAGGGAAGCAGUUUACCAUUGGAAACGAUUCAACUUCUGGUGAAAACAAUGAGUACAAAAAUGUUCCACUUAAGUCUGAUUCGACUUACUUUAUAUAUAUUCGUGUGGUUGCAAUGUUGGAUAAUGGAAUUGUGAUGAAAGAAACAGCAAUUGGUGAACCACUAAGAGUUUUGACAAAGGCAGAAGAGUUACCAUCAAAGGGAGGAUCAAGUUCAGUGGCUCCAAUUGCAGGUGCUGCAGCUGGUGGCAUCAUUUUUCUUCUAUUGGUUAUUCUUGCUGUUGUUGUUCUAAGGAGACGCCGUUCAGGAAAAAUGACUGACAGUGUGUACAUUAACCAACAAAUUGCUUUUUCGUCAGUCAAACAAGUGGAGAGUGAAUAUGACGAGGUUCCUCUCGCUCCAGUGAUUUCUGGUGAAAGUCUAUCAGUGACAUCAUAUGAAGGCACAACUGCUGUUCUUCCUUGUGAUGCUGCUGGAGAACCAAAACCAAUCAUCAAGUGGUUCCGCAAUGGAAAGGAAAUAUCUGAGAAAGAUGAGCACUUUGUUAUUCUGGGAGAUAAGUCUUUGCAGAUUGCUAAUGUCAUGGCAUCAGACAGUGGCAAGUAUCAAUGCACAGCGACAAACAGUUCAGGCAUUGAUGAACAGGUUGUAGACCUAAUUGUACGUUCAGCCACUGAAACAGAAAAGAAACCAAAUGUUUGGACAUCUGCAGAUACUCCAUCUAUAAUGCCAAAAGUUAAGAGUCACCAAUCACGAACCGGCCUUCAUUCUAUCAACCUUGAAGAAUUUCCAGAUUAUGUGGCAGCUAUGCAUCAAGAUCACAAUGCUGGGAUAUCCAGUGAAUUUAAGGCACUUGGAGAAAUACAACAUAAUGUUUCAGCUGAAGUAGCCUUGGCAAACCUGUCACUGAAUCGUUACAAGAAUAUUUUGACUUAUGAUCAUUCUCGAGUUGUGCUGCCGGUUUUGUCAGGGAUGACAAACUCUAACGGCGAUUACAUUGCUGCUGCUUUUGUUGAUGGAUAUCGCACUCCCAAGAAGUACAUUGCAUCUCAAGGACCACAGGAACAUACUGCUGCUGACAAUUGGCGAAUGAUUUGGGUGGAAAAUGUCCCUACAAUUGUGAUGCUUACUCAUUUGAUAGAAAAGAAUAAGAUUAAAUGUUAUCAGUAUUGGCCUAAGAACAUGCAUGAAUCUGUGGACUACAAUGGCCUUUUGGUCACGUUUUUGGAGAAAGAUUCCUUUGCUGAUUAUGAAAUUCGUAAAUUCAGUUUAGCUUUGGGUGAAGAGAUGAGAGUGGUAACACAAUACCAUUACACUGCUUGGCCUGAUCAUGGUGUACCCAAAUUUGCUACACCUCUACUGAGUUUUAUCAGAAGAAUCAAUCGUGAAUAUCCUAAGAAUCGAGGGUCAAUGGUUGUUCACUGCAGUGCUGGUGUUGGUCGAACUGGAACGUUUAUAGUUAUUGAUACAAUGAUGGAGAGAAUUGAAGAUGGCGGGCCCAUUGAUAUCUACAGCUGUGUUGCAUCUCUGAGGACAAAGCGUCAAGAUAUGGUCCAGACUGAGGCUCAAUAUGGUUUUAUCCACGAUGCUGUGCUUGAAGCAUUGACCUGUGGCAAUACCCAGAUUCCUGUUCAAAAUCUUCGUACUGCCGUUGCCAAACUGUCGAAGAAAGAUGCAAAGUCAGGCAAGACAGGUUUUGAACAUCACUUUCAAGUGCUGCAAACAACAGGGCUACAAAUGGAUAAGCAGCUUUGUAAGGCAGGCUCACAGCCUGCUGUAACAGUGAAGAACAGAUACCAGGACAUACUGCCUUUGGAUGUGCAGCGAGUUAUUCUUCGUCUGGAGGAAACAGAAUCCCAAGACAGUGAGUAUGUGAACACUCAGGCUGGAGCCGACUACAUAAAUGCCAGCUACUUGAAUGGCUAUCGUCAUCGUGAUGCAUAUAUUACUACACAAGGGCCACUAGCUAAGACUACAGAAGACUUUUGGAAAAUGGUGUGGGAACAAAAUUGUGUGUCAAUUGUCAUGCUGGCGUCUUUGCAAGAAAAUGGAGAGGAGAUGUGUCACCAGUAUUGGCCAGCAUCAGGCAGUGCUCAGUUUGGUCAGUACACUGUUCAGUUGUCGAAAGAGACAAAUCUGGGAGAGUAUGUGAUACGCAAAUUUAACCUGAGCAAGGGUUCACAGUCAAAGAUCAUAACCCAGUUCCACUACACAGCAUGGCCGGAGAACAGUAAUCCCAAAACAGUAGAGCAACUGUUUGACAUGCAGGAUCAAUUGCAAAAAUGGCAGCAAGGGACUGGCAACAAAGCUAUAAUCGUUCAUUGCAACAAUGGUGUUGGUCGCAGUGGAACUUUCUGUGGCAUUCUGUCGCUUGUCGAGCUCUUGAAGGUAGAGGGCGUGGUGGAUGUGUUUUUGAAACUUAGAUCGAUGCGAAUUCAGCAUCCAAAAAUUGUGCAGACUUGGACACAGUAUCGAUUUAUGUAUGACGCCUUGCUGGUCUACCUUGACAACUUUGACACGUAUGCCAACUUCAAGUAACUCUUCAGUUUGUGUAGGCAAUGAUUAGCUCUAGAACUUUUUGGCUAACCGUAUUUUAGUCAUGCUGCAUUUUGUGCAGACGUUUGUGCUAAUUAGUAGACAUUGCUUUGUAAGUUAGGUUUUUGUAGUUAAGAAUGAUGCGUGGUAGCCAGGACUUUAGUAGUAGCUAGAACGCUGAAUUGCCAUUAUUUUGUGCACUGUUUUCUAGUGUUUUUGAAUUGUAUAGGCUGUUGAACAGCAACCUUAGAUCUAGAACAUGAGACAACGUGCGUACAUGGA